GUUGGCACAUAGCGGUGGGAGUGGCAGGUAGUUGCAGCAGCACGAGUAGAUUCCAGUGAGCAGUAUUAAAUCCACACUUUGUGGAUUAAAACAUCUCCAGUGAAGUGACAGAGCUGGUCGUGGUGUGUAGCUGCAGGAUGGGGGGAAACAGCCCGAGUCACUUCUCCCACGAGGAGGGAGGAGGAGGUGGGGGAGUUACGUUUGUGAAGGGCAUUCGGCUGUCGGACAAAGUCAUCAACAGGAUGAAGCAGCCGUCAAAGGUCGCCUUUCCUCACUCGCAGAAUGAAAGUCCUCCUCCACCUGUAACACAAACAUCCACCCCAGUCCCCGCCCCGUCUGUCGAAACCCUGCUGCCUAUCCUGACACCGCCGCCUCCAUUCAUUGCCGCUCCACCUCCUCAGGAAGCCCCAUCCUUGCCUCCGCCAGUGGAAUCUGCCUUUCCCGUGAAACUCGUCCCUCCUCCACCUGUCACGUUUCACACUCUUCCUCCGCCUACUUCCCUGGAGCCGGAAGCCCCGCCUCCACCGGCAGAACCAAAAAGUCCUCCUGCGACCGACCCUGUCGUCUCGGCACUUUCUCCACCUCCAUCUCUGCUUACCCCACAAGUAGAAGUACCUGUGGAGCCUCCUUCACCUCCGCCCUCUGUGGUGGAGCCAAAAGUCCUGCUUUCUGUUGAAUCCUCCAUCCCACCUCAUGUUGAGCCAGAAACACCACCUGCACCAAUAAUAACAGAACCAAUAGUUCCACCUGUGGCUGUAACUCCACCCGAACCUUUCACUACAUCUCUACCCCCUGAAAUUGUUAAAGAAACACCUCCAACUGUUAUCAAACCUGUUGAAGCUCCCUCUGUUGAACCUGCAGUCUUGCCUCCACCUGUGGAGUCCCUUCUAACAUCUGUAUCUCCACCUGAAGCUUCAGCUCCAUCUCUGCCCUCUGAACCAACUCCACCUACUGCUAUUGAACCUCUCGUCCUUCCUCCAGCUGUGGAGUCCCUACCAGUCAUUGUUUCUCCACCUGAAGCUUCACCUCCAUCUCUGCCCUCUGAACCAACUCCACCUACUGUUAUUGAACCUCUCGUCCUUCCUCCACCUGUGGAGUCCCUAUCAGUCAUUGUUUCUCCACCUGAAGCUUCAGCUCCAUCUCUGCCCUCUGAACCAACACCACCUACUGCUAUUGAACCUCCUACCGUUGAACCUCUCGUCCUUUCUCCACCUGUGGAGUCCCUACCAGUCGCCGUCACUCCACCUGAAGCUUUGGCUCCAUCUCUGCCCUCUGAACCAACACCACCUACUGUUGAUACUCUCAUCCUUCCUCCACCUGUCGAGUCCCUACAAGUCGUCAUCACUCCACCUGAAGCUUUGGCUCCAUCUCUACACUCUGAACCAACACCACCUACUGUUGAUACUCUCAUCCUUCCUCCACCUGUCGAGUCCCUACAAGUCGCCGUCACUCCACCUGAAGCUUUGGCUCCAUCUCUACCCUCUGAACCAACACCACCUACUGUUGAUACUCUCGUCCUUCCUCCACCUGUCGAGUCCCUACAAGUCUCCGUAACUCCACCUGAACCUUUAGCUCCAUCUCUGCCUUCUGACCUUGUGACUCCAACACCUCCGAAUGCUUUCGAACCAGUUGCUGCUCCCUCUGUUGAGCCCGUUGUCCUACCUCCACCUGUUGAGACGUCUCCAGUUGAUUUAGCUCCACCCAAACCUUCAGCUCCAUCUCUGCCCUCUGAAAUAGAGAAACCAACAUCUCCAGCUCUUAUAGAACCCGUUGCAGUAGCUUCUUCUGUUGAACCUGUUGUUCUGUUGACGCCACCAGAGGAAAAAGUCCAACCUCCACCUACUGUUGAAUUUGCACCAUCUGAACCAAUAACUCCACCUUCUCCUGUUGAUACAGCUCCAGUUGAGGUGGUAGUUUUACCCCCACCAGAGGACAUUAACCUCGGGGAGCCCGAAGUGACACUUUUUGCGGUUGAAGAAGUGCCUCCAUUUGUGGUCCCGGCUCUAGAGGCACCACCGCCAAGUGAACCAGAACCAGUCCCCGCACCAUCCCCUGCUGCUCCAGAGUUCACACCUCCACCCUGUCACUCUGUGGAGCUGGCCCUUGUUCCUGCUGAUGCCCCUGUAAGUGAACCUUUUGUAGAACCUCAAGCGCCACCUCCACCUGAUCCAGCUCCACCUGCUGAGGUGCCGACAGUGACCCGGUCUCUUCUGCCUGUCGUUGAGGAUGAAGCACCUGCUGUCGCCUCCGUGCCUCCAGCCGCAGCAGCUUUGUCUGCGUCUCCUGAAGAGGUGGAGGAAGGAAUGCGGCAGAAGAUCAAAGAGGGGAUGCAGAGGAGUCUGGAGGAGGAAAUCAACCUGAGGAGGAUGGAGCUGCAGCGACAACUGGAGGAGCUGAGGGCUCAGGCUGCAUUGGAUGCCGCAGCAGCUCAGGCUCAGGUGGAGGAGCAGGUGAAGAAGACGCUGGACGGGGAGAAGUCUGCUAACAUGGAGAACCUGAUGGAGGCCAUCAUGAAGGAGCGGAUGAAAACAGAAGAUCAGAGGCUCAUGGUGCAACUUUAUUGGAUGGAGGUGAAGGCUCAUCAGCUGGACGAGAGGGAGAAAGAUUUAAAGAAACGAAACACUCUCUACAAGGAACAUGUUGCCAAACUGGAAAAAAAGUGCACUGAAUUCUAUAAAGUGACUGCUGAGAGCUUCCAGAAAGGCAAAGAGGAGACCAACAACCGUUUUAAUCGUUUUAACAUCCAGCCAGUGUGUGGGGACCUGCAGAGUCAGAUUUUAAAAUGCUACAAGGAGAACACAGGAAAGACUCUGUCCUGCUCCAGCAUUGCCUCAGCCUACAUGCAGUGUGUGGACAACGCCAAGAAGAACAAGUUGAGCCCUGGAGGUUAACACCAUCUGAAAGCUUUACUGUUUCAGGAGUAUCCAGUUCAGCCUUUACUGGAAGAAACGGUGCCAUAAAACACUCCAGCUUUGGUGCCUUGUUUGCAUCCUCUCUGGUUCUUGGGAUCAUUUGUAAACCAAAUGUGCUCCAACACUGAUAGAUAGAUCAUUGCAUUUUAAGAGCUUGUGUUUGUCCAAAAAAAAAAAAAGGAAAAAGUGCUGAAGAUUAGGGUUUGUUGGUUGAAUUACAGUAAGGUGUUUUCUAUGAGAUAUAUAUAUGAUAUACAGAAUGAGAUCUGUUAAUCUUUAUGUAUGUGUGCCUUAAAGUUAUUAUGAAAGAUUAUUAAGUGAUGGCAAAUGCAUGAAGGAACACUACAAUGGAAAUGAGAGUGUGAUGUAUCAAAGACUGGUGUGUUUUAGGUUAUUGUUCUGUACAUAAAUUAUUUCAGGGACUUUUUCUGGUGCAUGGAAAUAAAUAAAAAAAUAAUUCUCAGUAAACUGUGUUGUAAAAGUACAUGAGGUGACCCACAGCAGAAGGGACCACAGUCUAUAAACCACAUUCACCAAUGAUGAUUAAAAGGAAACAUAAUUUA